AUGGUAAGGCAGAGCUUAUCGAGCGUCUUGGUACAAUGCGGGCUGCUGGCCAGCUGCGCAAAUAUGGUGUGUGCUUCGGAAUUCAGCGGGGCAACGGAGGUGAAGAAGCUUCUUGCGCAUAACGAAUAUACUCUGCUGGCUUGUAAUAAGAAACUAUUAAAGGAAUGGAAAACGGUUGAGAAAAAUGUUGCUUCUACGGCUACAAUCGACUGUGCAGCCGCCUCCGGCUUCUGUCACGAGAUGGACGUCGUCUCCUUGCCCGCUAUCCGUCUGUAUCAAAAAGACGGGCCAACGACACGAUAUCGAGGUCCUAGAAGAGCCUCACCCAUAGAGGCUUUUGUGAAACGAGCCCUUCGGCCAUCUGUGCAAGACAUUGCCAAGCAGCAGCAGCUCGACGACUUCCUCACCAGCGAUGACUACGUAUUUCUCGCUCAAUUGCAUAGUGACGACAAAAGCCUCGAUGCUAGAUUCAGAAAUCUCGCAGAGGAGUUUUACGAUCGGUAUUCGUUCGGCAUGGCAAGCGCUGCUGAUGCCAGCUCCAGUGGCAUCUGGUGCUACAACAACGUCGAUGAAUCGGAACACACAGCUACAGAUCUAGACGAUGCAGAUGCUUUAAAGAAGCUGGUUGAUGUCUGUACCGCAGAAGUGAUUCCUCAGCUUACUCGACGCAACGAAUUGACACAUCUUUCCUCGGGACGCUCUCUGGUCUAUUACCUCUCCAAAAACGAAGCACAUCGCCAAGCUUACACCAAAAACCUAAAGAGCACAGCCCAACAAUACGCCCAAUUCCUCACGUUUGUAACCGUCGACUCCAACGAGUACCCGGACUUGGCUCGCAACCUUGGUAUCCGCUCCACCGGCGGUCUGGCCGUGCAAAAUGUCCACAACGGGCAGGUUUUCCCCUUCAAGGGAGACACCACUUCGUCACACCAAAUUGGCCAAUUCAUCGUGGCCAUCUCUGAGGGUAAAGCUGAACCGUGGGAUGGAACUUACAAUGAGGGCCAUGACGAGCUUUGA